CCGCACUCAGGCACUCUCUCCCUCCCUUCUCUGUGUCUCUCUUUCCCCCGUGGUUGUCGAAGACUGAGAAACAUUCGGACACGCGAAGCAGAGUUAGGGUAAAUCAAAAUGAUCAUCCCAGUGCGCUGUUUCACCUGCGGCAAGGUCAUCGGGAACAAGUGGGAUACGUAUCUCGACCUGCUGCAGGCCGAUUACACUGAAGGAGAUGCACUUGAUGCAUUGGGUCUGGUCCGCUACUGUUGCCGGCGUAUGCUUAUGACUCACGUUGAUCUUAUUGAGAAGCUUCUCAACUACAAUACUUUGGAGAAGUCUGACGCCAGUUGAGGAAGCUUGGUGUAACAAGUGCCAGAUGCUCGUUUGAUGUGACCUUUGUCAUGUCUUUGUGUGGUAAAUGUUCUGUGCUGUUUUGUCUGGAUCAUGAUCAAUCCUUAUUACCAUACUUGGAAACUUGGAAUGUCUAAUAGGAUUAUCUCUAUGUAGGGAGAUACUUAUGCAUGCACUUGAGGUGUUUAUGUUGCUGCACUAGUUUAUGAACUUAUUAAAUAGAAUGAAAGACUGAAUGCUUCUAACAAACAAUAGUGUUAUUAUUAGCGUUGCUUGAUCUAAAAUGAUUAUGGUAUGCA